UACAUCGCGUGAGGGACUUGUCUUGCGCAUAAACCCUCCUUGGUUCACGCACACCGUACAUUCAUUUGGAACUGCGAGUCCAAGAACAUGAUUGCCCCCACAGUCAUCGUCGUCAUUCUUACAUAUUCGCAGCUAUGGGAUCCGGUGGAAUGCGGAUGCAGCUAUUCUGCAUGUGGAGCGGGUGUGACUGUCAACCUGAAAGAGCGAAUAAAGUACAACGAUCGUUUCCUCGACUGCUCCUACUAUCCCGAUCCUGAGGCCAGUUGUCCGUGCCGAGGUGCAGAGGAAGACGGGGCAAACUGUUGGCGCAUGUUACGUGCUCAAGAGGGCAAGUGCUUCAGAGGCGUAUGUUACAACCAGCAAAGGUACGAGUCUCUGACCACAGGACAGCGGCUGAACACUACAGUACCGUGCCCAGCUGCGCUUGAUUAUCUGACUGGACGCGUUAGGUUGACCCUCAGCUGUGCACAUCUGAGCCCAUGCACCUUGGACCUCCUGGCUACGCUGCUAGCUCUUGGUGAAUUAACCCAUCCCACAAGCAAAUGGGGACUCGGGGCCCUGCACCUGAAUGCAUCACUGUGAAGUUGAACAUGGUGGAGAACCCACAGGGACAAGUACAACAAACACAUAGCGUUCAACUAGCAUCUGGUUUAUUUGGACAAACCCCCCUGGUCCAAAUAAAUCUGUUAUAGCUGAACGCUCUGUAUUUGUUGUCCUUGUCCCUGUCCAUUCUCCAAUAUGUUAAGUCCAAACAGACAUGAUCUAUUGUUGCACUGUAAAGUUUUCAAGAUAAA